AACUAAACAUAAUAUUAAAACAAAAACUCAUAAAUCAUAAAUAAAAAAUGAAUUAUUUAAAAGACACAUCUUUCAUAAUAAAAGAAGAAUAAAAAUCAAAAGAGUAAAGUCCUCAAAACAGGUCUAGUUCUGAAAUUUAAAGUGAUACAAAAACAUUUUAAAUAUCAAUUGAGUAAUCAAUAAAAAACACUAUUCAAUUACAUAAUAACCAAUAAGAAUAAAAAUCUGCUAUUAACAAUCAAAAAGACUAACCAAUUUAUAAAACAAUUGUAACUGCUCCUUAAAAAACUCCGACAGAAGAAAAAUCUGAACUUUUACUUUAAUAAUCUUAAGAUUUAGAAAAAAGCACUGGAUUAUUAAGAAUGCGCCCUAAGAAAUUUUCAACUAAAUUUGAUAUUAUAAAGAACAUAAAAAGAGUAUCUUAAACAGAAGGUGUUAAAAGUCUACUUAAUUAUAAUAAAGAAUGGGCAGAGAAAAUAAAAAUAACUGAACCUUAAUUUUUUAAAUAAUUAUCUGAAGUAUAAAAUCCUAAAUAUUUAUGGAUAGGUUGUUCUGAUAGUAGAGUACCUGCAGAAAGAUUAACAGGAUUAGGUCCUGGAGAUUUAUUUGUACAUAGAAAUGUAGCUAAUUAAGUUAUUCAUACUGAUUUAAAUUGUCUUUCAGUAGUUUAAUAUGCUGUAGAAGUUUUAAAAGUAUCAGAUAUUAUUAUAUGUGGACAUUAUAAAUGUGGAGGAGUGCAUGCAGCCGUUAAAAAUACUAAACUUGGUCUUAUAAAUAAUUGGUUACAUCAUAUAAGAGAUAUAUAUUUAAGAUAUAAAGAAAGAUUAGAUUAAAUUUAAAAUUUUGAAGAAAAAUGCGAUAAAAUGUGUGAACUUAAUGUUAUUUAAUAAAUUUAUAAUUUAGGUAAUUCUAGUAUUAUUUAAGACGCUUGGGAAAAAGGGUAAUAAGUAGCUAUUCAUGCUUGGAUAUAUGAUUUAGAAGAUGGGCUUAUUGAAGAAAUUGAUUAUGCAGCGAAAAUAAAGGAAGUUAGAGAUAAAAGACAUGAUUUAGCUGUUGAUAUGCUAUUGGAUGAUAUUUAAAAUUGUAAAAGUUUCUCAGAAAUAUGA